AUGUCUAUAUUUCCAAGCUGGUGUCCUCCAUAUUCUUCAUUAAAAAUAGAUCCAGACACUCAAGAGGAACUGUAUUGCAUAUGUAAGAAACCAGAUGAAGGUGAUUUGAUGGUAGGUUGUGAUGGAUGUGAUGAUUGGUUCCAUUUUAAGUGUGUCAAAAUUCCUGAAAAAUAUUCACAUUUAGUACUAAAUUAUUAUUGUCCUUAUUGUCAAGCUGGUAUCACUGGGAAGCCUUCUGCAAAUGGAGAAUUACCCAAAAUUAAAUGGAAAAGAAAAUGUCGAUUAGAGACUUGUUUUGACCCCUGUCAAGAUCAUAGUAAAUAUUGCUCUGAAGCGCAUGGAAAAUUGUAUAUGCAUGAUUUGCUAGAAAAAGCGUCUAUUCCAAAAAGAGAUGCGAAGAAGUUUGUUGGAGAUAUGAUGUGGGGAUGUCAAAAUGAUGUGAGGAAAUUUCAAGAAAUGGCAUCUAAAGAUUUUCUAAGUAAAGAUGUCCCAGAUCUUAUGAUGGAUCAUGAUUUGUUUAACAGGAUGAUUAAAAAUGAUAAAAAUCUACAAGUAUUACAAGAACAGAUUGAGAAAUACAAAAAUAAAAUGUAUCCUGAAGUUAAAUCUAAGCUGGAUGUGUUACAAGACUAUAUAGCAUGGUUAGAAUCAAUAACAAAACAGUUGAACAAUGAGACCGCAGUUGAUGAAACAGACGAUGAUCCAACUAAAACCAACGACAACAAGCAAGGAAAGAACAGAAGAAAGAAACAAAAAAAAUAA